UUGUCGCCGUCUCUCGUCAAGUACUACCCACAUUUCCAUCCCCACCCCUCCCGAACCUAUUAUUAUCACGGACCAUGGCCAAAUCACUGACCACCUCGCCCUGCUGCCUCCACCAGAGCAACGAGCGCAUCUUCUGUGUCCACUGCCAGAGCGAGUUUAGCACCGUGAUGCAGCUGUAUGAGCACCUCAAGGGGUGCUUCCCUCCCCGCCGGUUCUGACCAGAGAUCAUCAUGCCGGGGCCUUAUGUCGCCUUGCCCUCCCAUGUUUGUCAGAUUUGACACGGUAUAUAAAUCAAACUACUACUCGACCUUUCUCUGCUAUGUAUAUGCUAGCUGCAUUUCCCCACUAUUAGCUAUACGGCCAUAUUUAUCUCCACACAUCCCCUCAUUCAUCGGAUGUGCUCAAAAUAGUCAACUUCUCCCUCCCUCGUUUCUACAGCUCAUAGUUUAAAUAAAAUGGUUCAAUUUCAAGCAAGUGAGACACUUUUUUGCGCUAUUGCCAGAAUAUCAAACUCGGAACUCGCUUCGUUUCCUUGCCUUGCCCUCGGGAAACAACAAACGUGUACUGGGCAUUGUCGUCCAAUGCAACGUGGUAAGCCCUAUGAUCUCCACUCAUCAGAUGGGUCAAGCGAAAAGAAGAGGACUGAGAAAGUUGGGUUGAGUGCUGGGAAACAACACAUGUGGAUCCUUCUUCGUCCAAAAGCGGCCAUGUGGGCCGUGUGCGUGGUGCUGGCGUCGCCAGAAGGGCAAGGCUGUGCAUGCGGUGUACCCCAGUGCAGAACGACGACCCAGCGGCCACAGCAUGGUUCUCAGCUGUCAACACCCCCCUCAUUCCCGUCAGCAGCCCUGUCCCCUCGCUGCACCAUAUGAAUUCGCAACAGCCGAGCCCCGGGCAAAUCACCUAGUGAGGGAGAGAUAAGCAAGUGUGAAGCCCAAUCAUAAGGUAAGCAUGGACACAAGGAUUUGCCUGAGGAUGGGAAAGAUGAGGUGCUGG